AGGCCUUCCGGCGACGGCCGGAAGUGGGGCGGCGCGCGGCAGCAUGGCGGCGGGGUGUGGCCGCCCGCUGCCUGCUGGCGCCUUAACGCUGCUGCUGUCGCUCGGCGCCUCGGGGCCUGGGCUUCUGCGGGGCUCCCUCGCUGCUCACCGCGGUGCCCUGCGGCCCGCCGCCCUGCGAGCCGGGGAAGUUCACAGGCUAGUUACCUACAUCUUUGUCUAUGAAGACCUGAUAUCCUUGACGUGUGGUGCCAUUGUCAUCUGGUAUUUUGCUGGCAGCUUUGAGAAGAACGUUGGUACUGUGAAACACUGCUUCUUCACCAUUGUGUUUGCCAUCCUGUCCGGCCUCCUGUACCUCUUACUUGAAACUGUUGUCUCGAGGGUGUCAGAAGUGGAAGACGCCAAAGGAUUCAUGCCCGUAGCUUUUGCUAUGCUGAGUGCAUUGACCACCCGCUCACGAAUGAAGCGGGCUCUUUUCUUUGGAUUUAGAGUUCCUGUGGUGCUGGUGCCAUGGUUUCUGCUCUUUGUAGCGUGGUUUAUCCCCCAUUCUUCUCUCCUGAGCAACCUGUGUGGGCUCCUAGUUGGGAAAGCCUAUGGUCUUGGCUACUGUUUCUGCUUGGAUCUUCCAGAGUCAGUGGCCUCUAAGCUGGAUCGGAGGUUCCCUUUCAAUGUGUUAAAGAGAAUACCAGGGCUAAAAUACAUCCCAGGGUCCUCAGCUGAGAGAAGAGCCUCUGAGAGCAGCAAAUGCAGCACCCUGGUGUUCAGAGCCAGGGGUUUCAGGACAGCUGUACGCCUGGAUUUGGCCAUGCUUUGGGACACGUGGGAUCUCAGCACAGCUAUGCAAGAUACAGCCUUGCUUCUUCCCCCUACCAAGCCAGAGGUGCCACUGGAGAGUGCUCUGUCCAGUCCCUCUCUGGAGCCUCGCCUGGACAGUGCUGCCAGACAGGCAAGUUCUCUGUGCCACAGCGUGUGUGCCCAACUGGUCCACAGCCACCUGUCGGCCUCGACCUCCUGGCUGGGGUUCAGCAAGCAUCAGGGGAUCCAGCAGCUUCAGCUGCUCCUGUUCCUGCUGAAUUUUCAAAAGUCCAGGUGUACUGAUCCUCCAGAAAGCAGCAGGACUCGUCUGGCAUGGGAAGACCACUGUGUGGUCACGCAGCAGCAGUUGCUGGCCUUGUUGCUGUCUCUGGGGUGACUAGCUAAAUGGAUUACUUUAAUUCUAUUUCCUUUAUCAUUUUCAUACUUUUUUUUAGUAUUGUGGAGGGAAGGGGACUGGAUUGCCUCUCCACAUUUGUCAUUCUACUGGUUAUUUUUCUCAUUGUGGUAUUUAGCAGCCUUCUUUUUCCACACAGUAACUAGAGUUACAGAGCCUGUUCAAGGUAAGAUGAAAUCUAAUAGUCAAAACACUGGACUAAUCUGGGAUUGAACCAUGCUGCAGAGAUAAGGAUACAUCCCAUCUAUGCCAAGGCUCUUAACUUCCUAUCUUGUUUACAUCUGUGAUGUAGUUGGGACACAAAAGAAGGUGGAAGCGUGGAAGCCUUAGUUUAAACUUAGUAUUUGAUUGAAGAAGUCUGUUUCACUAGUGACUUCUCCACAGAGAGUAUGCUUAGAAGGGGGCUUAUUAAGCCAGGGCUGGGACAAGGAGAACAGAAUAAAGAGCACCCUUUUCUGUCCCCUAAAACCCAGCUCUAAAAUGCAGAAGUGCAGUCUGUGCGCUCCACAACACAUUGCCUUUAUUGUCUCUGAUAGCUCCACGCUAGCUCAGCCUUCAUAGCACUAAUAAUCAUUUGAGUUGGAAGGGACCCUUAAAGGUUAUGUAGUACAACUCCCCCUGCAAUGAACAGGGACAUAUACAGCUAGAUCACUCCUGCACUUGUCAGUAAGGCAGCCUCGAACACAUAUGAAGUACUGGCAGAGCCUUCAGUAAGGGAUUUUGGCCAUUUGUGCAUCAGAGAUGCAUAAAUCCAAGAAGCUGAGAGGGACCUUAAAAGUGGCUUAUAAGAAUUACCUGGAAUGUAGCUAUUCCACUGGGAGUGUUCAUGUUUUUCAACUUCAGUUUUGGUGCGUCAGCCACCAAUAUUAGCACAGUCUCUCUCUGUUUUCUUUAGAGGUGGUAGAAAGGUUUGUGGGAGAGAGGAGAUUUCAGCAGGGGAUUCAGAGCAGAGUGCACUGUUUGGUGACUGUGGUAGCAGACGAAGUGUUUCCUUGAGUUGCUGGCACUUGGAGGGCCAGAGCUUUACUUCCCACUGUGUGGUGGCUUUAGUGUGCUAUACCUAGGAGGAAUCUCCUGUUUCUGUGAUUGUGAAUCAAGCAGGGUCUCAGCUAUUACAGUUGACUCAUUGCUUAGAAGUUUCUUCUAAAAAAAAAAAAAAAAUUACCUGAAAUACAAAGAGCCAUUUCUGCCUUUGGAAAUGUGCCUAGCCUGUUCCCCAGAGACUACAAUAGCCGCAGGGCUCUUCCCAUGUAUCAGGGAGCCAGGGUUGGAAGCAGCAUUGCUGUCUGCAUGCACCAAAGCAUGUAUAUGCCUCUCCCUCACCUUUCCCCCUCUUCAGUGUCCAAAGAAGCCACGUGUUGCUGUACAGCCACGUCUCCAGCAGCUCUUCUGGGAAAACUGCCACAGUUACGUGUGGCUUCGCAGGGGCUUGCUUUGGGGGAAGGCCAAAGUGAAGGGCGAGGGCUUGGACCUCAGAUUCAUGUUAAUAAGAAGCUGCUUGCAAAGGUAGAGGCGGGGCAGGGGCUUUCAGAAGGAGGAUGCAACAAUCUGGGAACCGGCCUGCUGUGGGAUGCCUGGAGUUGGUGGCCAGCUCCAUCCCACUCCUGAUUGUUUCACCCCUCCCUGGGAUGAUAGAUAGACUUGGAUUCAUGGUCCCAUUUUUCCUGAACUGCCAACAGCAAGUUCAUUGUUAAGUGUUUUGUGUGCAGCAAGAACAGGAUGAGGCUCUUGUUUGGAAGUUAAAAGGAUGUUUUCAAUACCAGGAAAGAACUGCUAGAGAUAAUCAUUGAAAUGCUGGUAUUCCACUCCAGUGCCUUGAUUUUCCUCUUAGUGAGAUCUGUGUAAACUUCUGAAUUUUAUCACUGCAGAAAAUACAGUAGGGUGAUGAGGACCGAUUGCAAUGGUAAAUGUUGUGUACGAUCAAACUGAAAGCUUGAAAUACAGUCUGGAAGACAAACUGCCAUGAGUCCUGGUUUGCUUUCAGGUGGGGAGAGGUGGAGCAUGCCUCUGAUGGAUGGUGGGCUCAGUCCCAUGGGGCAGCAAGGCAGGUGCCUGCUGGGUGCAGGCUGCGUGACAGACAGGUGAUGGAGGACAUGCAUUGGAGAAGAGUAGUACUGCAUGUUGGAAAAUGCCUGUGGGCCUCAAAACUGUUUUUUUUUUAUUUGCUGACUUUGAACAGUUGAUCUGUUUCGACUCUUUUUUCGGUUGCAGAGCCAUCAAAGGAGUGGCACGGUUUCCAGUGAGUAGUUUCACGGCAUGCAUUAAGUGGUAGGAAGGAAAUGCUGGCCUCCAAGAGUCACCGCUUUGUCACUGCCAGCAGCAGGAGCAGCCCUGAUCUGAUAGGUGAGGGGAGAAGGCAGAAGAUCUCCUUACAGAAGUGGAGGUGGGCCCCUGCCCAUGCGGGAGGGAGCAGGGACCAGUUCUUAACCCCUCUGUGCUGGGAUGGGGUGCCCACCACAGCCUUGUGGGAGGGGCAUCCUAGAAGAAUGGGGACAAAGCCACAAUUUGGGGGUUUUCCUUCUGACUCCAGCUCUGCUGUCAGCUUCCUGAAGAUCUUGGCCUAUCACUUGGUCUCUGAUCACUGCAACUACCAUUGUGACCCUGGGACUGCUCUGAGUCCAACUGUGCAACUGGUGCCUGCAUGGCAUUUGAAAUGUUCAGUGCCCUUCAGACAGACAUUUCGAAAGACAUGGAUGAUUUCUAACAGUCUGUCCCCUGCCUUUCCUGAGGGCAGCUGUUUGACAGUGAAACACUGGCAUCUAAAUCAGCAGAGAACCUUCUGCUUGUCCAGCAGUGGAGUUCAACCAAGUCUCAGCUCCUUAGGGCUGGCAGUGGGUUCAAAGGGGAAGGGAGGGGAAAGGGACAGGACAGGAUGGGAUGUGCUAUUGUGUCUGAAGGUUGAAAGGAGGAAUUGAAACUCAGGAGACGGAGGCAAAAUUCAUCUGCUCAUCCAGCCUUGGCAUUUGUGUGAGCUCACAGCAAUGUUACUGAUCACAAGUUGCAAUACCAGCUCCCUUCCUUGGAGGGGAGGUAGAGAAUUGAAGUUAUUCUUAAAAAGAGAGAGAAAAAAAUAGUGACAAAGAAUCAAUAAAACUCCAGGCUGCGAUGGCUGUCCUGGAGAACAUGCUGUCUCCAAA